AUGUUCUCUCAAGUCCUCUUCGUCGCCGCUGCCCUCGUUGCCUUUGUCGCUGGCUCCCCCGUCCCUGGGGUCGAAAAUUCUUGCAACACUGGCUCUAUGCAAUGUUGCAACCAAACCUUUGCGUCUGACUCAAACCAGGCCAACAUCUUAGCUUCCCUUUUGAACAUCAACCUCAGCCAGUUCACCGGUCAAGUUGGUACUAGUUGUACUCCCAUCAGCGCCCUCCCUAUCGGCCAAGGUGGCAGCUGCACCCAGCAGCCCGUCUGCUGCGAUGGCAACACUUUCCAUGGCCUCAUCGCCGUGGGCUGCUCCCCCGUUAACGUCAACCCCCAAAUAUUCCCCAUCUCGGGUCAAAAGAUGGCCAUCGGUGCCAUUACUGUCUCCUAA